AUGAAGUACAGCAGCUACCAGUCGGAGAGUCCCAGAUUCUUCUACAACAGCACCAGUUACAGAUGUGAGCGGCUCUUCGGUAGCUGUGGGUCCAACAAGAACGUAUUUGAAACCCUGGAAAGCUGUGAGGCUCUGUGCAAUGAAAAGUUCCAUUGCAAUCGGCCCGUGGAUUACGGUGAAAACCCCCAUAAUCGAUUCAGCAACCACACCGACAUUAGAGGCAAACCUAAUGACACCACCGUCAACUUCUACUUCUACAACGUGUCCAGUGGGAGCUGUGAGGGAUUUCACUUCAGAGGAAGUUUGUCCAACGGGAACCUCUUCCGGACCGUGAAGGAGUGUGAAAGUCUCUGUGGUGUCAAAGGUAACUGA